GCGAAUUUAGAAAUCAUUUAUAGUUGUCAGAAUGGUUUUUUCAAUUUUGGCUUUCCUUGUUGCAGUUUUUGUAUCUUGGUCUGACAGCUCGUACGUGGGAUGGUCAUUUCAAGGAGAAAAUGGCCCCAUGUUUUGGUCAAAGCUGUAUCCACGAUGUAGUAACCGACGCCAAUCGCCAAUCAACCUUCCACUUUUCAAGAAAGAUUUUCAUCCAUCCCUUAGAAGCUCAACAAAGUUAAUUCAAUACAGCUGUCCGUGUCAAGGAGACUUUUUGUUGAAAAACAAUGGUAAGGUGUUAAUGAUAGACGUGAAGACAGCCAAUGCAUCCUUAGUUUUGAAGAUGAACACCACUUCAAGCUUGAUCACCUUCACUUUCAUUGGGGAAGCAGCGAUGAAUACGGAUCUGAGCAUCAAUUCGAUGGACGAAGUUUUCCAGCAGAGCUGCAUUUUGUACAUUACAACUUAAACUUUGAAGAUGUCUCUGUAGCCAUGGACAAACCAAAUGGUCUUGCUGUUUUAGGAGUAAUUAUUAAGAUUGGCAAGUCAAAUGCAGCAUUUAACAAAUUUCUAAAGUACAUUCACAGAGUGAAGAGCUUCGGUGAAAGUCGUAAAAUUCCAGCAUUUGAUGUACGAUCGCUGCUGCCCAGAGACACGAUGAAGUUCUAUCGUUACGCUGGAUCAUUAACAACCCCACCGUGUUUUGACACUGUCACAUGGACUGUAUUCUAUGACCCAGUGGAAAUAUCUAAGGAACAGCUUUACAGAUUUCGCUCACUAAAAGACGACAAAGGAAAAGAUAUGUCCAACAAUUUUCGUCCAGUUCAAAAGCUCCACGGUCGAGCCGUAUUUAGCAGCUUUCAGUUAGUUAAUCGCAUUCGCUAACAUAACCUAGAGUAAAGAAAACGCUAUUGAAAUGACAACAUUUGUACUUGCUAGAACUAAAUGUUUUCUAUUUAUUAAAAUCAUACAACUAA